GCGAACCAACGGUUGAAAUGCGCGUGCACGGAAAGAAUGUCUCGAUACCGCAUCUAUGUUGAAUGUAGCUGAGUAGUUCAGCGCGUAACGCAAGCAAGAUAAUGACGCUAAACCCUUCACCAUACGAUAUAGAUGAUGUCCCAAACUACGACGAAAAACACCGCGCAGAUGACUCGCACAGAAACUCGUUUGAAAAACUGAAAGCUGCCCAUGUGAGUCUUCAAGAAGAUUACGUGAGGCUCCAAAAGGACUUGAAGAACACUUUGCAGUCCCUUCAAGACGUCCGGUCCAAUCAUGUCAACAUACUGCAAAAAGCCGACAGGAUCAUUUCAGAAAAAGAGGCCACAAUUAAAGAGCUUCGUGUAAAGUUAAGCUCUAUUUGCGAGGAUGAUCUGCGGAAAAAAAUAGAAGAGGAGUUUCGUAACAGUUUUGCAGACUACACAAAGCAGCUUCAGACAAACCAUGAAAGAUGUAAAUCAGCCCUGCACGAAGCGAAUGUUCAGCUCACAAACAUGAAAUCUAUGUUACAAAGUGCAGAAAAAAACCACCAGAGAGCUGUUCAGGAGCAGAAUCUCAAGGCACAGAGCUGAGGUACUAUGAAUCGACUCAAAGUGGAAAUCCAAAGUUUAAAGACCGAGAAAAGCAAUGCUGGCGGAGAAGAUGUUCUGAUGCAGCUCCUUGAUGUGCAGAAAGAAAAUGCAGACUUACGAGGCAAGCUGAAGAGUGUUUCUCUUGUUAAGGAAUUGAGAAAUGAAAAACAUGACCUUGCUCUGGAGAAACAAGCAGCUCUACAGAAACAUGUCGAAGAGCUCGCACUUGCCGAGGAGUCCAACAAAAUCAUAGAAACAAAGCUCAAAGGUGCCCUGUCCCAAAGAGAGGCACUGGAGGAGAUGCUGCCCAGAUAUCGACAAGAGAUAAACCAACUUUCGCAACAACUCAUAUCUUCUGAAGAAGAGAAGCUCAGCCUAAGAAACACGAUAUCCCUGGCUGAACAUAAACACAAGGCCGAAAUUCUACAGCUGAGGACGGAUGCUGUCCACCAAAGGGCUGAGCUUGAAGCCAAAUACGAGAAAGCUCUUUUGGAGCUGGCAAGUGCCAAAGCAGAUGCCGAGAUAGCCAUUAAAGGCACCGCUGACCAGAAACAGCUCUUGGUUGAGAAAGAGAAGGAGCUUGAAAAAAAACACCAUGCCACAAGAACAAAGGACUGGGAUCGUGCGAGAAGACUCGAAUCUGAAAAGAUUCUUCUGGAAGCUAAACUCAAAGAAAUCGCCACUGCCAAAGCAGCCGCAGUUGAGAGGCUCGGUGAAAGUGAAAAGCAGAUUAAGCAUUUAAAGCAAGCGCAGGACAGCCAAAGACAGGAAUUUGAAGAAGAGGUGCUUGCACUGAAGGCCAAGCUGAAGGCAGUGUCAAGUGCACGGGAAGAUACAAACAAUGUUGUUGCUGAGAACCAAGUUUUGCAAAGACGUCUGGCUCUGUCUGAGGAGGAACUUGAAAAAAGUCAUGCAGCGCUCAAGGAUUUGCAGGAGCAGAAGGAGCUGUUCACAAGAAAAAUUGAGGCUCUUCAACUUGAACUGCAGGCUGCUCAGGUCAAUACUAUUAAACUCUCGGAGCAAAGCGAAAGGACUGGUAUGCAGAUGAAGUUGGCCUGGGAGCAAGAGAAAUACGACUUUGUGAAGAGAAUUGAGGAGCUUGAAGCUGAGCUACGGCAAGCCCAUAAAGAGUUCAACUGGAAAUUGAGGGCUUUGAAGCAAAGAAACAGGGAGUACCGUAAGGCUGUGCAUUCGUACCGAUCAAAGAUAAGCCUGAAAUCGGAAAUCCAAGAAAAGCAUGCUGAAGCUGGUCACGUAAGGCAGAGUGUACCUCCAGAUAUAUACAGGGAGCUCCAGGAUGAGCUGAAGAAGUUAAGAAGGCAACAACUUGAGUUUCGCUCAUUGCUCGAACUGCCUCCCACUCUUCCAGGGAGGACCACUGGCUCCUUAUGUCGCUCAAACGAUCGAAGUGCAGCAUUGUGGAGCAUUACAGAAAUGAAAGAAAAGCUGGAUCGAUUAGAUGUACAGCAGUGCCAACAGAUGAAUCAGAUGGUCACACUGGUGAAGAAGCUCGGUGAAAUGACGCAUCAAAGUCCGCCCAGCAGUAUCGACAUCUCAUCGUUAUCAAGACGCAGUUGCAGUUCUAAAUCCAGUAGUGCAUCAAAGGAAUUCCAUCAUUCAUCCAAAAAUGAGAUGUCCCCCCAUCUAAAAUGACACGGGACAUAGCCAAUUGGAAUCACAGAUAAUAUAUAUAUUAAUCACUUUAUACCACAACUUGUACAUGAAUACAAAAAUAUUUUUGCUAUAAAAGCCUGCGUAUAUACACCUUGUACCAAUACUGAAAUAUAUUAUUUAACAUUACGAUUA